AUGGGGCUGCUAACGCUAUUCCUGCCGUUUGGAUUUGUCCAUUUUCAAGUUUAUGGAUCUCGUCUUCGUCAGGAAGACUUUCCACCUCGAAUUGUAGAGCAUCCAUCUGAUGUGAUUGUUUCUAAAGGAGAGCCAACAACUCUGAACUGUAAGGCUGAAGGAAGACCAUCUCCUACUAUUGAGUGGUACAAAGAUGGUGAACGUGUGGAGACUGAUAAAGAUGACCCCCGCUCACACCGCAUGCUGCUCCCUAGCGGAUCUUUAUUUUUCUUGCGUAUUGUACAUGGGCGCAGAAGUAAACCAGAUGAAGGAAGUUAUGUGUGUGUUGCAAGAAAUUAUCUGGGGGAAGCUGUGAGUCGGAAUGCUUCUCUGGAAGUAGCAUUGCUCCGAGAUGAUUUCCGCCAAAACCCCACAGAUGUUGUUGUAGCAGCAGGAGAACCAGCCAUUUUAGAAUGCCAGCCUCCUCGAGGACAUCCUGAGCCCUCUAUCUACUGGAAAAAAGACAAAAUUCGGAUUGAUGACAGAGAAGAGAGAAUCAGUAUACGAGGUGGGAAACUUAUGAUUUCAAACACAAGAAAGAGUGAUGCGGGAAUGUACACAUGUGUUGGCACCAACAUGGUGGGAGAACGGGACAGUGAUCCAGCAGAGCUGACUGUUUUUGAACGACCCACAUUUCUCAGGAGACCGAUUAACCAGGUGGUUUUGGAAGAAGAAACUGUAGAAUUCAGAUGUCAGGUACAAGGUGAUCCUCAGCCCACAGUUCGUUGGAAAAAAGAUGAUAACGACUUGCCAAGAGGAAGGUACGACAUCAAAGAUGACUACACCUUGCGUAUUAAAAAGGCUAUGAGCACAGAUGAAGGGACAUAUACAUGCAUCGCUGAGAACAGAGUUGGAAAAGUUGAAGCUUCUGCUACUCUUACAGUCAGAGCUCGCCCUGUUGCACCUCCGCAGUUUGUGGUAAGGCCACGUGACCAAAUUGUUGCCCAGGGCCGAACUGUGACCUUUCCAUGUGAAACUAAGGGAAAUCCCCAACCAGCUGUUUUUUGGCAAAAAGAAGGCAGCCAGAAUCUUCUCUUUCCAAACCAGCCUCUCCAGCCCAACAGCAGGUAUUCUGUGUCACCUACAGGGGAUCUCACUAUUACCAACAUUCAGAGGUCUGAUGCUGGUUACUACAUCUGCCAAGCGCUCACUGUUGCGGGGAGCAUUUUAGCAAAGGCUCAGUUAGAAGUGACAGAUGUUCUAACAGAUAGGCCUCCACCCAUAAUUCUUCAGGGACCUGUAAACCAGACAUUGGCAAUAGAUGGAACAGCUUUGCUGAAGUGCAAGGCCACUGGUGACCCAAUGCCUGUUAUCAGCUGGUUAAAGGAGGGAUUCACUUUCCUGGGCAGAGAUCCUAGAAUAUCUAUACAGGAUCAAGGAACGUUGCAAAUUAAGCCUCUACGAAUAUCUGACAUCGGUACAUAUACUUGUGUUGCCACAAGUUCAAGUGGGGAGACAUCAUGGAGUGCUGUCCUAGAUGUAACAGAGUCUGGAGGAGCAGCAGUCAGCAAAAACUAUGAUUUAAAUGACCUUCCUGGGCCACCGUCAAAGCCUCAGGUCACUGAUGUUACUAAGAACAGUGUCACCUUAUCAUGGCAGCCAGGCACCCCUGGAAACCUUCCAACGAGUGCAUAUAUCAUUGAGGCUUUUAGUCAAUCGGUGAGCAAUAGCUGGCAAACAGUUGCUAACCAUGUAAAAACACCACCUUACACUGUGAGAGGUCUUCGACCAAAUACGAUCUACUUAUUUAUGGUGAGAGCUAUCAACUCACAAGGUUUGAGUGACCCCAGCACCAUGUCAGAUCCUGUCCGAACCCAAGAUAUCAGCCCACCAGCGCAAGGAGUGGAUCACAGGCAGGUCCAAAAGGAGCUAGGGGAUGUCAUUGUGCGACUUCAUAAUCCUGUUGUGCUGACCCCGACCACAGUUCAAGUCACCUGGACGGUUGAUCGUCAAUCCCAAUUCAUUCAAGGUUAUCGGGUCAUAUAUCGCCAGACAUCAGGCCUGUCCUCUCCAACUGCAUGGCAGACCCUGGAAGUCAAAGUUCCCACUGAGCGCAGUGCUGUCCUUGUGAACUUGAAAAAAGGAGUUACAUAUGAAAUUAAAGUUCGGCCUUAUUUCAAUGAGUUCCAAGGAAUGGACAGUGAAGCAAAAUCUGCCCGAACCACUGAAGAAGCUCCAAGUGCCCCUCCACAGUCUGUUACAGUUUUGACAGUUGGGAAUCACAACAGCACCAGUAUCAGCAUUUCCUGGGAUCCUCCUCCUCCAGAUCAUCAAAAUGGGAUAAUUCAAGAAUACAAGAUCUGGUGCUUAGGUAAUGAAACAAGGUUUCACAUCAACAAAACUGUGGAUGCUGCCAUUCGGUCUGUUGUUAUUGGAGGCCUGUACCCAGGCAUUCAGUACAGAGUAGAAGUUGCAGCAAGUACCAGUGCUGGUGUUGGAGUGAAAAGCGAACCACAGCCAAUAAUAAUUGGAGGGCGUAAUGAAGUUGUCAUCACUGAGAACAGCAACAGCAUAACAGAGCAAAUCACGGAUGUGGUUAAGCAACCUGCCUUCAUAGCUGGGAUUGGUGGUGCAUGCUGGGUAAUUCUCAUGGGUUUCAGCAUCUGGCUAUACUGGCGCAGAAAGAAGAGGAAGGGACUCAGCAAUUAUGCAGUCACUUUUCAAAGAGGAGAUGGAGGACUUAUGAGCAAUGGAAGCCGACCAGGCCUGUUAAAUGCAGGUGACCCCAGUUAUCCAUGGCUUGCAGACUCAUGGCCUGCCACCAGCCUGCCGGUCAACAACAGUACAAGUGGACCAAAUGAUCUUGGGAACUUUGGCCGUGGAGAUGUGCUGCCUCCAGUUCCAGGCCAAGGAGAUAAAACUGCCACAAUGCUUUCUGAUGGAGCCAUUUACAGUAGCAUUGACUUCACGACCAAAACUAGCUACAACAGUUCCAGCCAAAUAACUCAGGCUACGCCGUAUGCCACAACACAAAUACUGCAUUCCAACAGCAUCCAUGAAUUGGCAGUUGAUUUACCAGACCCCCAGUGGAAAAGUUCAAUUCAACAAAAAAGUGACCUGAUAGGGUUUGGUUACUCUUUACCUGAUCAAAGCAAAGGCAACAAUGGUGGGAAAGGAGGAAAGAAAAAGAAAAACAAAAAUACUUCGAAGCAACAGAAAAAUAAUGGCUCUAACUGGGCCAGCAUCCCUCUCCCACCCCCUCCAGUACAGCCUCUUCCAGGCACAGAGCUAGAACACUAUGCGGUGGAUCAGCAAGAAGCAGGGUACGACAGCGAUGGUUGGUGUCCACCUUUACCAGUUCAGACAUACCUGCAUCAGGGAAUGGAGGAUGAGCUUGAAGAAGAUGAUGACAGAGUCCCUACACCUCCUGUCCGAGGAGUUGCCUCAUCCCCUGCAAUCUCCUUUGGGCAACAGUCUACUGCAACACUCACACCAUCUCCACGUGAGGAGAUGCAACCUAUGCUUCAAGCCCACCUUGAUGAACUGACGAGGGCCUAUCAGUUCGAUAUAGCAAAGCAAACAUGGCACAUUCAAAGUACUACACAGCCACCUCAGACUCCUGUUCCACCAUUAGGGUAUGUGGCUGGGACUCUAAUAUCAGAGUUGGAAACAGAUAUUCCAGAGGAUGAAGAUGAGGAUGAUAUUGAAGAAGAGGCUAUAGAAAUCACAAGGCCACUAAGAGGACUAGAGCACACUCCAGGAUCCAGCAUGGACAAUCUAGACAGCUCUGUAACAGGUUCACUCUUAAAUGGAUGGGGUUCUGUGUCUGAUGAGGACCGUAACUUUUCUAGUCAUAGAUCUGGUGUAGGUAGCUCCUCAGAUGACUCCAUCUUUACCAGCGGCAGUUUUGCACAAGUUGUGGUUGCAGCAGCCGGUAAAGCUGGGUUUAGGCUGGAUGGAGCCAGCCUAUCAGGAACAGGCAAACCAUAUUCCUCUUCUCAAAGACCUCGGCCAACCAGCCCAUUUUCUACUGACAGCAACACCAGUGCAGCCCAGAAUCAGAGUCAAAGGCCGAGGCCUACCAAAAAACACAAGGGAGGCAGAGUGGACCAGCCUCCAUUGCCUCAUCGUAGGGAAGGAAUGACAGAUGAAGAGGCACUGGUGCCAUAUAGCAAGCCUAACUUCCCAUCCCCAGGUGGUCACAGCUCUUCAGGUACAGCAUCUUCUAAAGGAUCAACUGGACCCAGGAAAGGCGAGGUCAUGCGAGGCAGUCACCAACGCAAUGCCAGUGACCUUCUUGAUGUAGGAUAUAUGGGAUCAAACAGUCAAGGACAGUUUUCUGGUGAAUUAUAGUAGCUGAAUAUAGACAUCUCAGGCUGCUGACCGAGGCCACCAGGGUCUGAACUCAUGGAAGCGAUGAUACUAAACAGUGCAAUGAACAUUUUCUUUAUUUAUGUACUUACUAUUAAAGAACUGUAAAUGCAAUGUAAAGACACACACAGCCACACAUAUCCCACAAAUACUCUACCUAUGUUCUCUUUACUACAC